AUGCGCAUUGAGGCUGAGAUGAUACCCCUGGAGAUGAACGCCAGCAAAGAAGUGAAGCCACAACUCUCUUGGUAUCUAGCAACGCCACUUCGGGCUCUGGAACGACAGGUGGAGGCAGCAUUUCUGUCUGGCAACUUCAUGCAUUCAGACCACUUCUCGAGAUUGUUGGACAAAAUUGUUGUUGCAGUCGGCGCUGACAAAGAUGAAUUGGCAACAUCCAUGUUACUUCGAAUUCUGAACCGAAUCAUGGGGAAUUGCAGUGACUAUGUUACAACCCUAGCAAUGUACGAGAAUGCAGCGGAGUGCUAUGGGAAUAUGGAGAAGACAUUUUUGAAGGAGGGUUCUCCGAUACAAAGAUUUCUGCAAUUGCUCCUGGAUAACAAAUUGUUUGCUAUUACGGUCAAUUCAAUUGACAAAAACGAAGGAAACAUUGUCGAAAGCCAAUGUAUCGUCAUUAAUUUGUUUGCAGAUCAUCGUCAAAGUGCAACUGAUGAGACGAUGCUUCCGGAAAUUGAUGUGAAGCUUGAACAUUGUGAAGCCAGUUUUUUCUCGAAACCAGACUUCAAGGUGGUGACGUCAUCGCAAGAUUUUCAAGAUUUUCAAAAUUUUGAAAAUGAAUCAGAAGAAGACAUAUAUGCAUCCUCUACUUGUACCUGGAAUGAGAAGGAUGACAACAAUAACGGCGAUGAAGAGCAGUCAAUUUCAACUGUCUCAACUUUUUACGACAGUGAAAUCACCGAUGAAUGUCAAGGAAAGGAGUAUGUCUUGGAUGACCCAACAAGCAUAAUUGAUGAUGACGACGAAGAUGAAAAUUCCUCUGAUGAGUAUGAUGGAACGACUGAAGAAGAGGAAGACAUGGAGGGUUAUAACUUGACCCACCAUGAUAGAGCAAGGACCGACAAUGAGGAACAAUUCUUUUCUAAUGGAGAGGUAGAAGAGCCAUCUCUUGGGAUGGGAUGCAUCGGGUUGAAGCUGGAUGAUGAAUGGGAAAAUGGAUCCAACGGGCUUCGCCUACAGCUUGUUUAUGAUGGCGACAACAAGUACUAUGGAUUCCGUAUCUUUUUGAACAAUCCUGAUGUCGAUGGUGAUGGCCAACAAGACAAGGUUUUGGUUGCGGGCUUGUUUGAGAAGCCGAUUCAACGGCGGGACCCAAAUGAUGAACUGAUCGAUUGUGGCUUGAAACAGGUAAUUGGAUUUGUUAGCUGUGACAAGAAGAAUUCCUGGGCGACUAUGGGCAUGAUGGACAGCGCGAGUGCAAGGUCGAACUGUAUCUUCUGUACCCAACCAAAAAGUACUUAUAAGACGAACUUUCCAGACUGGAUGGUACAGUAUGCCAAAGAACACGGUCUCGAGAACGAGCGAUUAGCAGCCAAAGUUGAAGCUGGGUGGAAAGAUUAUCCCUCCCGCUGUGGAGAACACUCAAAUUCAAUCAUGUUUCAGAAGCUUGAGGAAGAUACCAACAACGGGAACAACACAUAUUCUGAAGAUGAAUUACGAGACAUUCGAGAAAGACAUGGAUGUGUAAUCAACAAGCCACUUCUUGAUAUCCAUCCCUCAAAACAAACUUUUGGAGCCCUGCAUAAUGGGGCCGGCUUAGAGAACCACUUCAAGAAUAAUAUAGAUGGGAGACUGGGAAAAAUUGAUGCACUCAAGACGAAUCCGGAAACAGUGACAUGGUUGGAAAAAGUGGCCGAUGCACAGGGGCGGUGCAAGCAAAUAAAGGCCACCACCAAAAGGCGGCUUACUACAUUGAAACAGAAAAUCAAAAAAUUACAAGCAAACAUUGACAGCACAAGAAUUAACGUCGAACGAGCGAAGGAUCCUCGCAGAAGAUUUGCAUCAACGACGGAUGAUUGUGUGCAUUACAUGCAAGCACAACUUGCUAGUUUGCUUGCUGAGAAAGAACCCGUUGUCCGUGAAUGCGGCAAAAAUCUCCGACUCCACAACGGCGCAGUUGCCUUACUGAAAGCUAUUGAAAAAUAUGACGGUACAAAGAAGCCCAAGGGACCAGCUCAGUGGGCCUUUCGCAAAGCAAUUGAAAUUGCAGGUCCCAAAUUCAAUCCACAAUUUGGCGGAAUGGAUUUGUCACAUGCUCACGGAUUAUUGAUGCUUGAGAAAUGGUCCGAGAUCAUGGCAAUGGUCUGUGGUGCAUACAAACCGGGUGAUGGUAAGCAUGAAAUGGUUGCAAAAGCAAUGGAGGGCUCAGAAGAGAUAGCCACGCCUUUGUUCAAGAUGAACAAGCUCCUCAAGUCCCAAAAAAAGUGGAAUGAUGAAAAGAUCAAUGAACUGAAGGGGUAUUGUUACCAUGUGUUCUUCAAAUGGUUGGAUAUCUUUCCCAAACAGGGCGUCUUUCCAAAACUUCAUGAUAUGGCUUGGCAUAUCCCACAGUUCGUUACUCAUUUCAAAAUGUAUGGAAUAUUGUCAGAAGAAUCUAUGGAGAGUCGUCAUAUAGUUCACAAGAAAUUGGCUAGAAUAUUGAGAUUCAUGCCAAACAAGAAGCAGCAAAAUGAAGUGUUCACAAACCGCCUUCAGGUUUAUCAGCUUCCAGAAUUUGAAAAGGUGAAGGCAGAACUGAUUGCAAAAACCACCAAGAAGAAGAGAGGAAAGUACAAUGUCAAGCCAAAGGACAAUGUUUUGCCCAUUUUGCUGCCUGAGCUGGUCAUGGAUGGCGCGAACAUUUGCAUCAACAAAAGUAUGUCAAUCGAACCAGGUUUGCUUGAAGUCUACAAUAUGGUUGUCUGUGGCAUUGUUCCAAGCUCCUGGGAAAAAAUAUUUAGGGACAGAGACAAUAUCGAUGACACCCAAAAAAUAAAGGCUGGAUAUUCUUCCCAACUAGAUAGAUAA